AGGGGGCCCUGGACUGACUGAAGUUUAUAUCCUGGCCCGUGAUUAGCAUGCUAACUAUAUAUAGAUAUUAUAGAUUCCAGUUCAAAUUGAAUAGUUUUUGUAACAUCCUAUCACUUGAAGAACUCGUGGUCUGACUUUUUAUUUGGACCAGCGCACGACCUUCUCGGGUUAUAAGAGAAGAUAAGGAACGCGAUCGGAGAGGAGGUUCUUAGAGGAGUCAAGGUGUUGUAGAUCUCUGUCUGACAGCCACAUAGAAAGCUCGCAGCUGAUACCGAGAUAGUUUAUAAAGCCCGCCUUCAGUUAAUAGAACUAAGCUGAGAUUGAUCUAAGGCAGGAGCAAUGAAGGUAUUCGCUGUGGCUCUUCUGUGCCUGCAAGUCUUCUGCAACGCAAAUCAAACAAACCUGACCCCGUGCCAAAAUCCCAACCAUCGAGAUGGGUAUUGUAUAGACAUUGACCGGUGCAUGGCCUUAUCGUGGAAAAGCGAGGAAGCCAGAUCGCUAUCGGAGAGGAGGUUCAUAGAGAGAUCAAUUUGUCACCCCUACGACAACCCGAGACUUGUCUGCUGCACCAUGGAUACCGACUUCGUUUCCGAUCUGUCCGUUUGCGGAAAAAACUCUAACAUACGUUGCUAUAGCAAUGCCUGUCCUUCCGUCCGAGGAGAGUUUGCCUGGAUGGUUUUGCUGGAGUUCCUUGAAGAAGCGAAGAGAUGUGCGGGGAAUCUGAUCAACCACCAUUAUGUUUUGACGGCAGCCCAUUGUCUGGACGAACCGCCAGUCUCCGUAAUAUUGGGCAUUCAUCAUGUCAGAGAUGUUCGCAUAGUGCGAAGGGACAUCAAAGAGAUUAUAAUCCACGAACGCUGGAACCACGUUAGUUACGAUUACGAUAUUGCCCUCAUCCGUCUGAAGCGACGGGUUGCCUAUUCGCCAUGCAUCACACCUGUUUGUUUGCCUUCUUCUGUGCGUAGGACGUGGUUUGAUCCUGGCUACUGGUUAACCGCGGCAGGAUGGGGAGACACAGAACAUACCAUUCAGAAUCGCAAUGUUUUUAGCCGCACAAAGCUUAAAGCGCGAGUCAGCUACGUGGAUUGGGCUUGGUGUAAACAACAAUAUUCGAAAAAAAACAUAUCGUUGGCAACCAGUCAAAUGUGCGCUGGAGGAGAGGCUGACGCCUGCCAGGGAGACUCUGGUGGCCCUCUGAUGUCGUCGUUCUAUGAUGUAUGGGUCCUGGAGGGUAUCGUGUCCUAUGGACACCGGCACUGCGGGCAGACCGAAUGGCCAGGUAUCUACAUAAACGUUACUUUUUUCGAGAACUGGAUCAUGGAUCAGAUCAGUCCUAUAAGAGACAUGUUAAAGGACAUUGAAUCCAAACGUACUACCUAGAGGCCUAGAGGCUAGACAACAUGGAAGCUAUGACGAUUUUUCUAUUAAUUUUCCAUAUUUUCGACUAUUGUUCAUAUGGCAGCUUUAUGAUAUAGGUGUCCGAUUUUGACUAGUACAGACAGGCAGACAGACAGACUAGUAAAUUUAAAAAUACUAAUUUGAUUUUAAAGUUAAUAGAAGUGGCUGAUUUGGGUGAUAUAAUUUAAAAUAUCAUAUAAAUACUUCGUUUCAUGCAUACUCUUUAAUUUAAUCGAAUAAAGUAGUGCUAAUUGAAAAAGAAUAAUACUUCGACUUUUAGUA